GAAGAUAAUAAUAUACGUUCAUGAAUUUUUCUAAAUAUUUUGUAUUCAUUCCAUUUUUUCUUUCCUUUUCAUGUUUUCAAGGAGGGAGGAUUGAUGUAAAUAACCUGGACCCUGUUUUAGAAACCAUGGAGGUCAAGCUGACAGAAAAGGAACUGAAUCUGUUAAAGGAUCUUCUGUGUGGCUCUAAGAAAGUUGAUCUGCAAAAACUUAUGGAAAAAGUAGAGGCUGUUACAGGAGAGGAAAUUGAUGUCAAUGACAUGGAAACAGUUCUAGGAAACAUGGGAAUAGAACUCACAGAUAAAGAACUCUCACAACUGGUGAAAAAUCUGCCAGUUGAUAAUGGAAAGGUCUAUCGAAGAAGGUUGCUGGAUGGUAUAAAGUUUCUUAAAGGAGGGAAGAUUGAUUCCAGUAAAGUGGAUGAAGUUUUGGGAGCUAUGGGCAUGGACCUCACUGAAAAGGAGCUUAAAGACAUAAUGCAAAAUCUGCCAGUUAAUGUUAAAGGCAAGGUUGAUCUGGAAAAGCUGAUGAAUGAAGUGAAAUCUUUUUCAGGAGACAAAGUUGAUGCCAAUAGACUUGAAAGUGUUUUCGAAAACUUGGGGAUUAAGCUCACACCUAAUGAACAUUUGAACUUGCUGAAGACACUGCCACUUGAUGCUGAUGGAAAAGUGUAUAAGAAAAGGUUGAUGAAGGGCCUAAAGUCUCUCAAACGAGGCAGUGUUGAUGUCAAUAAGCUGGACACUCUUUUAGAAAACAUGGGAAUCAGCAUCACAGAAGGAGAAUUCAUGGAUCUGAUAGAAAGAUUGCCAGAUGAUGAUAAAGGGAAGGUCAAACUAGAUACGUUGAUUGAAGAACUGAGUUCUGUUUUAGGAAAGCAAAUUGAUGUCAGUGAUGUAGACAGUGCUCUGAAAGACAUGAAAGUUGAGGUCACAGACAAGGAAUACUUUAAUUUAGUAAAAACUCUACCAGUUGAUGCUGAAGGAAAAGUGUAUCAAAAUAGGCUGCUGGAUGGUGUGAAGGCUCUUCAAAGAGGAAAGGUGGCUAUGAAUAACCUCGUCCCAUUUCUGGAAAAUAUGGGGAUUAAGCUGUCACACAAAGAACUUGAAGAUUUUUCACAAAACCUACCAGUUGAUGGUGGUGGGAAGGUUGAUCUGAAAAAUGUGACAAUGAAAAUGAAAGAGUUUACAGGAGAAAAGAUUGAUGCCACAGAUCUGAAAAACAUUCUUGGAGACAUGGGGAUAGAAGUCAAUGAUAAGGAAUGUCUGGAACUACAAAAAUUACUACCCGCUGAUGAUGACAACAAAGUUUUUCAGAAUAGAUUGCUGUCAGCUUUGAAGUCUUUCAAAGGAGGAAAGAUUGAUGCUAAUAACCUGAACACAGUUCUGAGGAACAUGGGGAUCAAAGCUCAAAAAUAAGGAAUUUAAAAAUGUGAUAGAAAAUCAACCUGUUGACGCUGAUGGAAAUGUUUCUCUGAAAAAAGUGAUGAGUGAUGUGAAAGCAGUUACAGG